UAAUAUAUAAUAAAAUAGUUGCAAAUAAAAUAGUAAAAUGAUUGUAGGAACCAUUUGUAGGAGACCUGACGAUCUCCUUUCUGAAGGAAGUGCGUUAUAGUGGCGGCCGUUGACACCCUCUCGAACUCGAACAUGGCAAAGAAACUCGUCAAAUACUCCGUGAUUGAUGCUUUCACUGACUCAGCGUUCAAGGGGAACCCGGCGGCGGUGUGUUUGCUGGAGGAAGAGAGAGACAAGGAUUGGCUGCAAGCGGUGGCCGCCGAGUUCAACAUCUCUGAAACCUGUUACUUGACUAGGCUCACUGGGUCUGAGCCUCUUGACUCCUCUGUCCCUAGGUUCCGUCUUAGAUGGUUCACUCCGGUUUCUGAGGUUCAGCUUUGUGGUCACGCUACACUGGCAGCCUCACAUGCAUUGUUUACAUCUGGUCUGGUGAAUUCAAAUAGUAUUGAGUUUGUUACCCUAUCUGGAAUUCUAUCUGCUAGAAAGGUUCUGGAAAUCAAAUCAGAUGGCUCGGAUAUUCAGAAUGGCAAAGCACAAGAGAGUUUUUUCAUCGAAUUGAAUUUCCCAAUGGUCCCAUUAACAGAUUUUAAUUCUGCAGAAUCUUCAGCAAUUUCCAAUUCCUUGAGCGGUGCUUCUUUCAUCGAUAUCAAGAGAACAACUACUGCAGAUGAUCUAUUUGUUGUACUCCCAUCAGGAGAAAGUGUUGUUGCAAUAAAGCCAGAGUUUGAUGCUAUACGUAAAUGUCCGGGAAGGGGGAUAAUUGUUUCAGGUGCUGCUCCCCCGGGCUCUGGUUUUGAUUUUUACAGUCGAUUCUUUUGCCCCAAAGAAGGGAUCAACGAGGAUCCUGUUUGUGGGAGUGCACAUUGUGCCUUGGCACCUUACUGGAGCAAGAAAUUGGGGAAGUGUGAUUUUGUCGCAUAUGCGGCGUCACCUAGAAGUGGAGUAGUGAACGUUCGUCUAGAUGAACAAAACAAGAGAGUGCUGCUGCGAGGAAAAGCUGUCACUGUCAUGGAAGGGUCUCUUCUAGUUUAGAGAUAUGGAUUUGCAAUCCAUUGGCAUGUAUCGUAUAAUUGAAAUAAAUGAAUUUUUCUGGGUGAAAGAAUCCCCAGGAAUGGGAAAUGAACCCUCCUCCCCUUCCAAACCUUGAUAUAUUAAAGAUUGUUACAUUUACUGUCU